UUCUGUCCAUGCCCAUCUUACGCUCGCAUGCGCAUGUGCUGUUUAGAGGAAUGUCACGUAUUCCUCGUACUAAAAACACACAGUAAAUACACUGGCAUGCAAAAGUGUUCUGCCAUGGAGGAUUCAGUGGAAGUCAUCCUUCAGCAUAAAAGUUGCAAGCUCUCCUAUCAUACUCAGGAAAAGCCACUUGUCACAGCAGCAUCUGGUGCUUUGCUCGUGGGAGUUUAUGGCCUCUGGUCAUUAUUUGCACUUCCUGGUUUUCGGAAAGUACCCAUAUGUCUCAAGGUGCCUUAUUUGCCCUCCAGUAGAACACAGACCCAGAAUGUAAUGAAACUCCUGCAUGGGAGAGCAGGGUGUCUGGCAGAUCUGGGAUCUGGUGAUGGGCGACUGGUAUUUGCUGCCACUGUAGAGGGUUUCCAGUGCACUGGCUUUGAAAUUAAUUCUAUCCUUACUGGAUAUGCCAGAGUCAAAGCAAAGUGGAAAGGAAUACCAUCCAGCACUGCGAGUUUUAUAAACCAGGACUUUUGGAAGACUGAUUUGUCCAAAUAUAACAAUGUGACUGUUUUUUUGGCACCCGGCGUGAUGGAGGUGUUGGGUAGGAAACUGGAGAAGGAGUUACCAGAUGAGGCUCGUGUGAUUGCCUGUCGCUUCCCAUUUCCUGACUGGACUCCCACAGUCACUGAAGGGUCUUCCCGUCUUGUGACGCAGUUCGUCUGGAGCAGAGGCGCGCUGGCGCUGCGGUAUAAAAGCGAAGAGACACGCCGGUACAGCAGCACUGUGACAACACACAGAGUAAUACACAGAGUCAUGGAGACACUGAGGAAUACCUCAUACCCAACUAUAACGACACACAGCGAAAAGAUGUGUGAGCUCAAUAAAAUAAGUGAGCAAGGAUGGAAAAAGCCAGAGGAUAACAGUCGGACCGGCACAGAGUAUUCAAGAAUCAUUACAGACCCAAAUACUGGGAAAUGUUACUGCCGGGGAAAAGUUCUAGGAAAGGGAGGCUUUGCAAAGUGCUACGAAAUGACAGACCUGUCUUCAAGUAAAGUCUAUGCAGCCAAAAUCAUUCCUCAUUCGCGUGUGUCGAAACCACACCAGAGAGAGAAGAUAAACCGAGAGAUUGACCUGCACAGAGCUCUCGGCCACAAACACAUAGUGCAUUUUUACCACCACUUUGAGGACAAAGACAACAUCUACAUUCUGCUGGAGUACUGCAGUAGAAGAUCGCUCGCCCAUAUAUUGAAGGCACGUAAAGUCCUAACAGAGCCUGAAGUGAGGUAUUACUUGAAACAGACAGUGUCUGCUUUAAAAUACCUUCACGAUUUGGAGAUCUUGCAUCGUGACCUGAAACUAGGCAACCUAUUUGUGAAUGACUCAAUGGAGCUGAAAGUGGGAGAUUUUGGGCUGGCUGCCAAACUGGAGCCAGUCAGCAACAGACGCAAAACGAUCUGCGGUACACCAAACUACCUGUCCCCGGAAGUGCUGAACAAACAGGGACACGGCUGGGAGUCUGACGUGUGGGCUUUGGGCUGCGUCAUGUACACCAUGCUCCUGGGUAAACCUCCAUUUGAGACCACUAACCUAAAAGAGACUUACCGCUGUAUUCGAGAGGCCCGUUACACCAUCCCAGCCUCGCUCUCUCUCCCCGCCAAACAGCUAAUUUCCGGCAUGCUCGCGCAGAACCCUGUGGACCGCCCGCACCUGGAUGAAAUCAUUCGGCAUGAAUUUUUCUCCCAGGGCUUCAUGCCAGAAACUCUGCCUGUCAGCUGCUGCCAUUCUGCCCCAGACUUCCACAUUUCCAGUCCAGCCAAGAGCUUCUUCAAAAAGGCAGCUGCUGCUCUCUUUGGUGGCAAGAAGGACAAAGCCAAGUACUAUGAAAAUAUAAAUCGCUUAGCCAAAGAAGAGGAAGACAUAUUCAAGCUCCGUCAAGAUUUCAGAAAGACUGCCAUCGGUAGUCAGAUUACUACACACUCGUCUGAGGAAGGAGGAAAUCCGUCAGCACCUACAAGAAAGCCUGUUACCCAGGCAACUGCCGGAAGGCCGCAGACAAGAGAUACCAUUCACUUGAUUGUUAGAGGCAGCUUGGGCAGCUGCAGUAGCAGCAGUGAAUGUCUUGAAGACAGCACUACUGGCACUGUGGCAGAGGCUGUUAUUAGUGUUCUGAGAGGCUGUCUUGAACACAUGCCUAAAGCGGACAACCUUCCCAGAGGAAAUGGUUGUAAUAGCUUGAAGUGGGUGACUAAGUGGGUUGACUACUCCAACAAAUAUGGCUUUGGCUAUCAGCUGUCUGACAACACAGUGGGCGUCCUUUUUAACAAUGGAACGCACAUGAGUCUCCUCUCUGACAAGAAGACUGUUCAUCAGUAUGCUGCCCUUGGCCAGAGGUCUGUUUUCUCUGUUAUUGAUGCUCCUGAGUAUGCUGUGGCCCAGGUCACAAUCCUCAAGUACUUUGCCCACUACAUGGAGGAGAAUUUGAUGGAUGGAGGGGAUAUGAUAAGUGAACCAGAUACCCAGAAGUCCAGAAUAUUUCUUCUGCAGUGGCUGAAGUCAGACAGAGCGUUAUUGAUGCUUUUCAACGAUGGCACAUUCCAGGUGAACUUCUACCACGACCACACCAAGCUCAUCCUGUGCACCCAGCAGGACGAAUAUCUGCUGACGUACAUCAACGAGGAGCGAACCUCCACCACCUUCCAACUGAGCACGUUGCUCGGCGCGGGCUGCACUGCGGACCUGCGUAGUCGUCUGGAGUAUGCCUUGAACAUGCUGCUGCAGAGAUGCAACUGAGACUGACAGAUGAGAAGAACAGUUGGUCACUGACUCAGCAAGAUCUGAUGAUUUCUUUCGCAAGGGCACCGAGGAGGGCUUGUUAAACAGGAUGUCCACUGGAUGUGAACUGGUGAUGGAGCUAUGGAAAAAUGUAUGACCAAGACAGACUUUGUAGAUUUACAAAUGCUGAAAUUCAGAGACUGGAGUGAAGAGGAAUGAUGUGAUCAAAAACACUAUAGAGAGGAAAGAAAAUCUGGGCUGGGACCAGGCAUCGCUUGACAAGAAACAGACUUCUUGUUUGUAUGUGUGGUAAAAUGUUGAUGGAUCACACAUGCAUGUCCAAAUGUGCAAAAAGUAUUGUUUCUUGUUUUUUUCUUUGUCCUUACCAAAUAUUUAUUGUGUACAUAAUUCCUUAUUUAUUUAUUUAAUGAAUAAAACCCAACAAUUCUAACAACA